AUGAAGAUCAAGUUACCGAGAGACCGUUUUCCUUCAACGUCUUCAACAGAGGACAACGAGAGCGGCAAUGACUGGGAGCCUGAGGUGAGGCCGAUGAUGCAGCCUCGCUUUCCACCCCCCCAGGCCAUUAUUGUUGGCUCCGUGAGGAAGCGGCGCGGUAACCUGCCGAAGAACUCUGUCAGGAUCCUCAAGAGGUGGCUCUACGAUCACCGAUACAACGCAUAUCCCAGCGACGCUGAGAAGAUGGCGUUGAGCCAGGAAGCCAAUUUGACGGUGCUUCAGGUAUGCAACUGGUUUAUCAACGCUCGGCGGAGAAUUUUGCCAGAGAUGAUAAGGAGAGAAGGUCACGAUCCACUUCAGUAUACAAUAUCCCGGCGUGGUCGCAAGCAACCAGGGUUGGGUGUUGGCGUUGGAAUGGGAGUUGGGCCAAUGGUUAGCUUAUCAUCAGCGUCCACAUCUGGAAUGGGCAUGAUUCCUAGUAACGUAACUAUGGCUGGAUGGGAAGGCGUAGAGGUUCAGAACGUAGCCGAUCACAGUCGUGCCCACGAUUACGGAGAUGGUCUGCUUGUGUAUCAAGAGAGGGAUGAUCUCAGAGAAGCGGAAGAGGGUUACUCUAGUGCUAUCAGUGAAGAAGAGGUCAAAUACGACCCCUCGGUCUGGCAAUCUGUCAUUCGAUACGGUCCGGGCGAACAGGACUUUCAUUCAGCAGAUAAUAGGGGGUACUAUAUUUUCAUUAUGAAUGAACACAUCAAAAGUGACUAA